AUGGAUCCUUAUAUUCAACAAUGUAGCUUUCAAAACCUCUUGAACAGUCAACAACCCAACAGUCAGUGGAAUGAGUCUGUUGAGUCUGUUUCUGCGUCUGUCCUUCGUGAGCCUUAUCAGUCUUUCCCUCGUGAGUCUUAUCAGUCUGUCCCUCCUGAGUCUGUCUCUGCGUCUGAUGCCUCUGUUCCCAAUGGCAAUGAUGAUGGCAAUGAAAACGCAAAGACUGUGACUCCUGAACGUAAAGAGAGGCGUAAGUGGUCACCAACAGAAGAUGGUGUGCUGAUAAGUUCUUGGUUGAACACUUCCAAGGAUGCAUUGGUGGGGAAUGAGCAGAAGGCAAGUGCAUUUUGGAAACGAAUUGCGGCUUACUAUGCUGCGAGUCCCAAGCUAGCUGGUGUGAAGCCGAGAGCGUACAAUUUGAAAAAAUGGUGUUUUACGUUGGAAAUGAUGGAUGGAGUUGGGGGAAAAUGA